AUGAAUGCUGAGUUGGUCCAUAUACCAGAGACUGCACCCCCAGAUAUGUCAGAAGAAAACUUCCCAAAUCUUCCGCGCAUCUCUAAGAAACCCGAAACACAAAAGGCUAACACAAGUGGAUCUCAGCCCCACCCUGCUGCAAAGCCUAAGGCAAGCGUGUGGGAAACAGAAGACACCAUGAAAAGGGCCAAAAACCCUGUGCCAGUCCCAAGACGUAAAAGGCGCACUCAACUUGAGCAACACAACGCCGAGCAACAGAAUACAAAGCAAAGAAGCAUGCAAGACAAAGAGGCUGUAGCUUCACACGACAGCCGCCGAGAUGCCCGCCAGCAAAUAACCCCAUUUGAUGGAUCCACACUGGUUAUGCAGAUAAUAUCCUUCGUAAUAGCUGCACUCAAAGCAGUAGUAGCCUCGCUCCCAAAUGCACGGGAUAUCCCAGAAGUCAAACAAGGUCUCGCACUUGAACCGAAGCUUCUCAGACACAAUACAGCAUCCCUCCAUGAAGGACACACGUCGGAAGAAUUUGCCCAGGAAAUUGCAAAUAACCUAAAAGCAACCAGCAAGCAGAUCAACGUUCCAAAGUCGUAUACAAGUAUCGACAUAGAGUAUGAACGGCUGCGAGCAAUUCGCCACUGCGCAGAGAGAAAAUACAGGAGAAACGGGGACAUAAACUGCUGGAUCGAAGCCAAAGCUACAAAAGCCAAAAUAAAACGACACCUGAAGAAACUAUCGAUCAAGAGCUGGACAGAUACCUGCAACAACUUGUCCCCGACAACUACCGCGAAUAAGAUGUGGACCAUAGUAAAAAGCCUCAAAUGUGUCCCCUCCCAAACAGCACCCUUCCGCACCAUCUCUCUGAAAACGAACAGCACAGAAAAAGAAAUUGCCAACAGUUUCCUGGCAGCCCUAAACAAGACGUCAGAGGCCUCCAUAAGUGCCCUUUACCACCAGUCUCUACGGUCAACAAUUGUGGACAACAGUAUGCAAGGCAAAGCCGCCCCCAAAGAACUGGAAAUGGACUUUACAGUCCAUGAACUUAAACGUGCUAUCCAAGCAGCCUCCAACAAAAAGACAGCCCCAGGUCCAGAUGGGAUAUCCUAUAAGUGCCUAGCAAACAUAGGACGCAAAGCCAUGAAGAUCCUCCUCGAAAUCUACAACAAGAGCUGGAGGACAGGAAGAAUGGAAAACGGCACGCCAGACUGCAUCACAGACCUCGUAACGGCAGUACAGCAUAACAAAGCCUUGUCCAUCGUCACAGUAGCAGUCUUCCUUGAUAUCAAAUCAGCGUUUGACUCUGUCAGCCAUGCCCACGUACUGCAAGCAGCAAGAAAAUCAGGGCUGAAUGGAAAAACAUUCGCAUGGCUCACCAGCUUUCUCACCGACAGAAAGGUCUUUAUGGACACCAACGAAGGGAGUACACCCCCAGUCACACUUGUACAAGGAGUUCCGCAAGGAGCAGUUCUCAGCCCGACACUCUUCAAUCUGCUCAUGUCGGAGCUCGCCAGCUUACUACCACACAAAGUAAAAUAUACCAUGUAUGCCGACGACCUCUGCAUAUGGAGCAGUGGAAGACAGAUACAGGCGAUAGAAAACACACUUCAGUAUGCCCUAGUAACCAUCGCCAUCUUCCUUGAAGAAAGAGCCAUGGACCUCUCAACCAGCAAAACCGUCUACUUACCCUUUACAGGAAAACGGCUGAAAAACUUUAAACUCACAGUGGCCGGAACCGAAAUAAGGCGGGUCACCAAGCACAAAUACCUGGGAGUCACCACCAACAGGAAUACAACAUGGGGUGACCAAGUUAAACACCUGAGAAAAUCCACAAGAACCUACACAAACAUAAUGAAAAUCCUUGGCGGAUACCGAUGGGGUAACAACAAGGCUCUUCAAGCAAUACACCGUGGCCUCAUCAGGCAAACAAUAGCCUACAGCAUCCCUUGUCUUCAAAAUCUCUCUCCGUCUCAGGAUAACAGACUGCAACGUAUCCUAAGUCGCAGUCUACGCAUCUGCCUGGGACUUCCUAGAACUGUCAGAACGGACAUAGUACUUGCCGAAGGAAGAGAGCCACCCAUCCAAACCCUUCGCAAACAAGAAACUGAGCGGCACCUUAUCCGUCUCCUCACAAGACACUACGGGCACCCCUUCAUCGACAAGAUAAAGCAACGCACCAAAUGUAGCAUCUAUAAGGCCAUCCGAUACAUUGACCGCAUCCUUCCUAAGCAUCGUGCAAAAAGACACUAUCAGGACACGGCCCCCUGGCUCCUACUCCCACCAAAGAUCUCCACUGAAGUACCAGGGAUUGACAAGAAAAACGAAACACCACAAGUGGCCCUAAAAGCACUAGCCAUGGCACAUAUUGAAGAAAACUACCCGGUAGCAAUGCAGGUGUAUACCGACGGUUCCACAUCGAAAAACAGAUCAUCCAGUGCUUUCGUAACCGACGGCAUAACAAAAGCGUACAGGUUGUCCCACAAGACAACAUCCACAGCAGCAGAGCAACAUGCAAUUUUGAAAGCUCUACGCCACAUCAGAAAAUCCCAAGCCGGGACAUGGGUAGUGUGCUCCGACUCCAGAGCGGCCCUCUACUCCAUCCAAAAGCAGGACCCACAAGACCGUACUGUCUACAACAUCAUGAAGGCGCACAGCGAAGCCGAAGCCUUAGGGCACAAUAUAUCACUCCAAUGGAUACCGUCUCACUGCGACAUCUCCGGAAAUGAAUGCGCAGACAGAGCUGCAAAGGAAGCCCUUAGCAAAAUUCAGGUGUCCUUGCGGCAAAUGCGUCCCGAUGCCGACGGCAGAGGAAUGACUUUGUUGCCGCGAAAUGAGGCGUUACUGAAGGAGCGCAGCGGUUGCAUUACAAGAAACCAGUACUUUGAAAUACUCUGCCUGGACACCGGGGUACUCCAGGUGUACUACUGCUACGUCAGAGAAAACGACGACCAUGCCCUUAUCAGGAACAGCGAAGUGAACAAGUGA